AUGGAUUCCAACAGGAUACUGAUGAAAGCAUUCAUGCCAAUACUACACAGUCACAUAAAACACCAAAAGAAGAGCGAACCAUUCAACAUACCACAAACAAAACCAGGGACUAUAAUUUUAACAGACAAGGGGCCAAAACGUUAA